CUUGGAUGCAGCUGCUCAGCAAUGGAAAUCUAUUCCAUGAAGCUUGCUACACACUGUUGUUGUGCUAGACUGAAGGCCAUACAAAGUUUAAAGGUCUUUAGCUAUUGGCUCUGCAGACAGUUGGUGACUUCUUUGCACUGUGCACUUCAGCAUGAGCUGACCCCACUCUGUAAUUUUUUGUGGCCUACCACUUCGUGGUUUGAGUUGCUGUUGUUCCCAGUUGCUUCCACUUUGUUAUAAUACCACUAACAGUUGGCCAUGGAAUAUUUAGUAGCAAGGAAAUUUCACAGAUGGACUUAGUGACCCAAUCUUUCACAAAUGUUUGUAGAAACAGUCUGCAU